AUCACUUUGCCGUACUUUACAUCAAGUAAGUCGAGUCGUGAAGCCAGCAUCAAAAUGUCCUACCAAAAGAACCCCGACAAGGAAUUCGGCGAGGGCCCCAAAACCCACAAGAUCCGCAUCACCCUCACGAGCCGCAAAGUGCAAUCCCUCGAGAAGGUCUGCCAGGAGCUCAUCGAGCGCGCCAAGACCAAGGACCUGCGCGUCAAGGGCCCCGUCCGCCUGCCGAUCAAGAACCUCAAGGUCACGACCCGCAAGACUCCCUGUGGUGAGGGCUCCAAGACCUGGGAUACGUUUGAGAUGCGGAUUCAUAAGCGUUUGAUUGAUCUCAAUGCGCCGACCGAGGUGGUUAAGCAGAUCAUUAUCAAUAUUGAGGCCGGUGUCGAGGUCGAGGUUACGAUUGCUGCUUAAGUGUAGCUUCGGAUGCGCUUUUCUGGUGAGGGGAGGGUAGCUGUCGCUGGGCAGGGAACACUUCCACGAUUUGAAGGGAGAUGCCUCACUCAAUGCAAUAAUCGUUGUUAUUGAGAACAUUCAACUGUCCAGAUCUUUGUGCCAUCUUCGUGAAUAGUGACCUUAGGAAAGUCAUUGCUAUACUCCAGUCGAUUCACCGAAUACUGGUCAAGGCUUGGGCGAUUGUUCAUCUGACAUGUGGGAUGUCCCUGUAUGACAUGGCAAACCUCAUGAGCAAGUCUUGCAUGGGCAAAUCUUGCUCGCUCCAGCAAUCUUCCGGGGGCAGUUGUAACCUACGUUGAGAAUACUGUAUUAAUUGCUUUCUAAGAUAUCAUCGUAUAGGCAAAUUAACUUAGGAACUCUGGGGCGGACCAUGUCUGGUUCCAAAAGUAAUCCCUCAUUUCCUGUUAGAUCGUUGACUGCUGUGAUGUAUGAGAGGAAGUAACGGGGAUAGGAAUGGG